UGUUUUCAUUGUCACACUAUUGAAAUUGAACUCCUCUUAGCAACGCCGCCCAGCGGCUUGCCCGAAUAAAUGCCCUCCUGCAGUCAAAUCAUUUGCAAAUGUGCCUCCUCCUCUGUCCACAUGGAGAACCAGCAAAUUAACUUUUGCUCGACACUUUGUUGAUAUUUUCCUUAAACCAAACAAUUAGAUCUAUCCUUCUACUGUCUUCUUCGAGCGAUUGGACUCUAACUCAGUUUUCUUCCCCAAUUGCAUUGACAAGGGAAUCACCCUUGGGGGAUUGGGUUUUCCUUUUUUCUGACGGCAGUGGUAUCUCCAAUCAAGACUUGAAUUGUAACCCCAUCAAGUGAAAAAGAGAACAGCUGUUGUUUCUUUAGAGGAGGGUGUUUUUUGAUGCUUGGUAAUCAGCUGAGCAAAUGGGCCCUAUAUAUUACAUCCUUAUUGCAUUGCCUUGCACCAUUGGUGCCAUAGCGCUGGCACUUGUGCACAUAUACAGGCACCUAUUGAAUUACACUGAGCCAACUUAUCAAAGAUACAUUGUCCGGAUCAUCUUUAUGGUUCCUGUUUAUGCGCUGAUGUCAUUCUUGUCACUCGUUCUAAAUAAGAACGCCAUUUAUUUUAAUUCCAUACGGGAAAUAUAUGAGGCUUGGGUCAUAUAUAAUUUUCUAUCACUCUGCCUGGCAUGGGUAGGUGGCCCAGGAGCUGUUGUUCUAAAUCUGAGUGGCCGAGUUCUAAAGCCUAAUUGGUAUCUGAUGAUGUGCUGCUUUCCUCCAAUUCCUUUGGAUGGGCGCUUUAUUCGUAGGUGCAAGCAGGGAUGUUUGCAGUUUGUGAUCCUCAAGCCCAUAUUAGUGGCAGUCACAUUCAUACUUUAUGCAAAACAGAAAUAUGAGGAUGGAAAUUUCAGUCCAAAGCAAUCCUACCUCUACCUCACAAUUAUCUAUACUAUCUCAUACUCGACGGCACUUUAUGCCUUGGUCUUGUUUUACGUGGCAUGCAGAGAUUUGCUCCAGCCAUUUAAUCCAGUUCCAAAGUUUAUCAUAAUCAAAUCUGUUGUAUUCCUUACUUACUGGCAGGGAGUUCUGGUGUUUCUUGCUGCGAAGGCUCGAUUUAUUAAAGACACCGAGGAAGCUGCAGAAUUUCAGAAUUUUAUAAUUUGUGUUGAGAUGCUUAUUGCUGCUGCCGGCCAUCUUUUUGCCUUUCCAUACAAGGAGUAUGCUGGGGCUAAUGUUGGUCCUUCUCAUGGUUUUUGGGCUAGCCUUGGCCAUGCCCUUAAACUUAAUGACUUUUACCAUGACACUGUCCACCAGUUUGCUCCUACUUAUCAUGAUUACGUGCUCUAUAAUCAUAACGAGGGUGAUGAGGGAGCAAAAAAAUACAGGGCGAGGACUUUUGUCCCAACUGGCACAGAGAUGGAUACUGCUAGGAAAAACAAGAAGAUAUCUGCAAACAAAUUGGAAUAUUUACAAUUGUCUAGUCUCUCUUCUUCUGCUAGCAGUACUUCCGAAAAUGCUGGGAUUGGCUGUCAAACUGGGAGAUCAGAGGCAGUGAAUUCUUCAUUGCUGAUAGAUACAUCAAGUGUCUCAUUGUCCCAUGAUCUCUCUCUCAUUGAUGUUGACUUGACAAAUUAUCCACCUAAGGUUUCUGCAGCUAAUGUGUCUGGGACAAGCUAACAAAUAGAAAAUGUUUAUUCAAGUGACUAAUACUAGCAAAAUAUGUAUUUUUAAUGGGUCAGAUGGCAGCAAAGUUGGUCACAAUUGUAUAUUUCUUACCCAUGA